AUGGCUCGCUGGUUUUUGGCUGCGUGCCUUUUAGUAACGUCCAUUGCAGUUCAGGGUUUAAUAGUACCUAGGGGUUACCGUUUAGACUUACACCCGUAUCCAGGUGACGGCGUAUUCAAAGGCAAAGUCCGCAUCGACAUCAUCAAUACAGGAAAUCAGUCCGUGGAUUCUGUUACACUAGACGUACACUCAACUCUCAAUGUGGUCGAUCGUGAGGUUAAAGUCACUCGUGUUGCGAAUUUGGACUCGUCAGAAGAAGAUGAAGUUUCGAUGGAAGAAACUUCAUUAACAGUCACAAAAUUAGAAAAACGAAAGGACAUACAUAAGUUUCAAAUCACAACUAAACAGAGCCUCAAGAAAGAUAUUACAUAUCAAGUAGAAAUUUUAUUCGACGGGACUUUAGGAAGUGAUUCGUCUAGUCCAUUUUAUCAAUCAACGUAUUCUAAUUCAAAACAUUCACAAUUGAAGAAAUGGUAUGUAGCUAUGAAUUUAUUGAAAGGAGGAGGAGCGCAUUAUGUAUUUCCUUGUUUCGAAAAACCUCAUUUAAAAACUUGGAUAGAGCUAUCAGUUGCUCAUAAAGGAGACUUUCAUGUUUUGACAACUAUGCCAUUGGUUGAUACAACAAAUGUGACUUCUGAAGGUGUAUGGGUUCGAGAUCAUUUUUCUAGAUCACCACCAAUGUCUGUUAAUUCUCUAGCCAUGUUCCAGUCUGAUUUUAAGCAUCCACCAAUGGGUGAGAAUAAUGGAAAUAAAGUUGGUGUGUGGGGUAAAGAAGAUAUUUUAAGAUCGUUGAAUACGGCACAAAAAAUGCUUCCGGCAGUUCUAGUCAACCUAGAACUUUACUUGUCUAGACCAUACCCUCUACCAGAACUAAACUUGGUGGCACUUCCCGGUUAUACUGAUGAUAAGCCUAUCGAUGCUUGGGGGUUACAAAUGUUUAGAGAAUGGACUGAUCAUCUCACAACGCCACUGUUUCCAACUUCAUUAACCCUAGCAUUGUCAAAAUUCUUAGCUGAUAAGAUGGCAUGGCAGUUAGAGAAACCGGUGUUCAAUUCAUACGUUAGUGACAUGUAUGGAAUGUAUUUAGAAUACGAUAAACCUGGUUUUACAGAAAUAAAAUCACAAAUGGAAGCUCUGAACGCUACAAAAAUUCGUUUCGUAUUGGGAAUGCUCGAACACAUAUUUGGGCCACACUCAUUCCGACAAACAAUCCAAUAUUUUAUGUCUAGCAAAGAAUAUCAUGCUUACUCUGAAACUGAUUUUUGGAACAAAUUAUCCGAUGGAGCAUAUCAUGCGGGUGUAUUAGUCAGAAAUAGAAGUCCAGUUUCAAUUGAACAAAUUGUAAAGCCGUGGUUACAAGCUGAUAGACUCCCUGUGGUUACAUUUAGAAGAAAUUAUAUAAACACUACUGUUCAAGUUAUGCAGGAACCAUUUGUAUUAAAUGACGAUGAGGAUGACGUGUCAUCCCCCGCAAGGAAUACUAAAAACUAUUUAUGGUGGAUUCCCAAUAUUGUCGUAUCACAAAAUAAUUUGACCGUACCAGUUAGAAAUAUAAGUUGGUUGAAACCAAUAGCAAGUCAAGAGGUAGAAAUGAAACAGUAUAAUUUCACAAAUAAUCAAUUCGUACUCUUCAAUCCAGGAAGUUUAGGACCAUUUAUUGUUAAUUAUGACCUAAAGAAUUGGGAACUGAUAGCACAACAUUCGAAACGUUUCCCAGUGAGCAUUCGUCAACAGUUGUUGCAUGACUCGCUAACACUUGCUUUAUCUGGUCGAUUGUGUUAUGUAUACGCAUUCAACGUCAGCAAACUUAUCGAGCAAGAGCCAGAACCUGCAGUUUGGAAAACGUAUUUCGGAUUGGCCACGAGAUUGCGCAUUAAGUUCCAGGGAACGCCAGUGGCUCCUAAAUAUGAUAUAUAUUUGAAAAAAAUGUUGAAAUCUGUAAACGCUGCACUUGAACAACCAGAAAGAGGAGAAUCCAGUUGGAAGGCAAAUUUCCGUGCAGAAAAUAAGCGUUUGCUGUGUGAAACAGGGCAUCCGACUUGCUUGACAGAAGCCCGAGAAGUCCAAUCGAGAACCAAUACGUCAAAUCCCGACGAGGAUAAAUUAUUCUUGGAUAACUACCUGUGUAUACUUCUUGGAUAUGGAACACUGGAUGAAUGGGAGUUUGGAUUACAUAGGAUUAUGUAUUAUCCAAAAAAUAAGUCUCAAACAGAAAGAUUAUUUAUAUUCAGAUCGUUAGCUAGCUGUCCUAAAAAUGAAACAAAAUUUGUCAGAAUGUUAAAUUUGACGUUGAUGAGUGGAGAUCAUAAGUUUAGCGAGGAGGAUAUGUUAACAAUGUUGACUGUUAUGAGUACGGUAUCACUGGGACACGAAACAAUGUUCAAAUUCAUGAUGAAAAACUUCGAAUAUCUAAGCACUAAGUUGGAAAAGACUGUAUGGGAAUAUUUUGUUAAAACGUCAUUUAACAAUUUUAGGACAGAAGAAGGACUAGAUAAGGCCACCGAGUUUUAUCAAAGAAACAAACGUCAUUUUGUUUCUGUGGAUGAUAUCAUAAAAAAUGCACUGGAGAAAGUUAAGAUUCAAGUUGAUUGGGUAAGGAAACAUCUUACACCCUUGGACGGGUGGCUCACGAAUGCUUUACAAGAGCCGUGGAGACCACACGAGUUCCAAUUCAGAGAUGUGCCAUCAUUUGUCAUUGGAUAA